GCCGGGCCUGCGCCCGAGCGAGCGGCGAGCCGAGGGGGAAGGGGCCCGGAAGGAGGCGAGCGCGGCCGCGACGCCGGCAGUCGGACGCCCGCUCGUGCCGGCCUGCCGCAGCCGCCGCCACCUUCUCUGUGCGCCGAGCCUGGCGUCCCGAGCGGCCGCGAAGGCCGGAACACGGAGGUCGGGCGCGGGGCGAACGGCACCGGGAGCCGGAGGCCCGGCCGGGCGUCCUGCGCGAAGCACUGCGGGCUUCUGCCUGUGAGAUUAGGCGAGGGGUCGAAAGGGAGGCAAGGAGAGGCCGAGAGGAGACAGGCGAUCGGAUUUUCCAGGAGGCUGGUGUGGAAGAAAAACCCACCUCGAACUCAAAUCCACAAUAAUAAUCCGAACGAAUAAUAAGGGAGCCGUCUUUCUGGCCGGGCGAGAGAGAGGGAGAGAGAAAGGGGAACGGGAGGAAGCGAAAUCUCCGUUUCAUGGAGGCUGAGGCAAGAGAAAAUUUCGGAGCCUGGAUGUGGAGGAGCCCAACAGCAGAACUAACUCAGGAAAUUGUCUUUCAGAAAAAGGCCGAACGUAGGCUGGGUCUGAGAAUCAGGCUGGGGUAGGUGGAGGAACCUGCAAGUUUAAAGGAAAAAGAAAAGGAGAGAAUAUUUUCAGAGAUUAUCUCUGGUUUGUUAUCAUUACUACCAUCUUAAAGGUAAAAAGCAUUGCAUUUCAGGUGUUCUUUGAUUUUUUUUUUUUUUUUUUUGGUGCAAUUGGCUCAUUUAAGAAUUUCAAAACAUUUAAUUUAAAAGCUUUUUUUUUUUUUAAGGAAGUCCAUAAAUUUUGGUUCCCAGGGUUGCACUGGACUUGGAAGGAGUGCUGUUGUGUACAUACUAUUGUAUGGUUUUAUUUAUUUUUUUACUGUGCAAAUCAGCUGGAAGAUUUUUUCCGAGUGCCAUUUCGGAUUUAUUAAUCCUUUUUUUCCUUUCCUCAAAGAUAUUUGCUGUUGUCAUAUUAAGCAUUGGAGACUAGAAAAUUAUUUUCCCCCUUUGAGUUAGAGGGUCUCUUGCCAACAGAAGGAUAGCUGAGAAAACUGGAUUUAAAGGAUGGUUUUAUCUGUACUUUGCAGUUAACAGUGAUAUUUUGAAGGCACAUUUUUCUGUGAUUCAUUUUUUUAGCCCAUAGUGCUAACCUUGAAGAGAUUCGUGGCUGGGUUUUUGGUUUCUGAGAAGGUCGUAGUUUUUCCUCUUUUCCUUUUUCUUUUUUUUUUUUUAAAGCGGGGGAGGGGAAGAGGGGCUGAGAAAGGAAAUCAUGUUCACUGGUAGAAGUAGAGUGGAGCAUCAGUUACCAGGGUCCUGAAAGCUGGAGGAGAAAGGAGUCUAUCUUCAAGUUGGGAGGCCUUCCUCUCACCUUGCUCAAAAAUUGCAAGCGAUUCAAUCCUGAUCAAGACACCAAAGCUACAGGAUUCUGGAACCGUGGAGACACCGAGAAACCAUGAGUGUAAGGUUACCCCAGAGUAUAGACAGAUCAGCCAGUAAAAAGCAGUCUCACCUGUCCAGCCCCAUUGCAGCCUGGUUAAGUAGCCUGUCUUCUCUGGGAGAUUCUGCACCUGAGCGCAAGUCCCCUUCCCACCAUCGCCAGCCUUCGGACACCUCUGAGACAACCGGUCUCGUUCAACGCUGUGUCAUUAUCCAAAAGGACCAGCAUGGCUUUGGCUUCACAGUCAGCGGGGAUCGCAUUGUUCUGGUGCAGUCUGUGCGGCCUGGAGGUGCAGCCAUGAAGGCCGGUGUGAAAGAGGGCGACCGGAUCAUCAAAGUCAACGGCACCAUGGUGACCAAUAGCUCACACCUGGAAGUGGUAAAGCUGAUCAAAUCUGGUGCCUAUGUUGCACUCACCCUCCUGGGCUCUUCACCUUCAUCCGUGGGCAUCUCUGGGCUCCAGCAGGACCCAUCCCCAGCAGGAGCUCCCCGAAUCACGUCAGUGAUCCCCUCACCACCACCUCCUCCACCUCUACCACCUCCACAACGCAUCACAGGACCCAAACCUCUGCAGGAUCCCAAAGUUCAAAAACAUGCCACCCAGAUCCUCAGGAAUAUGCUGAGGCAGGAAGAAAAAGAAUUACAGCGUAUCUGUGAGGUCUAUAGCCGGAACCCCGCCAGCCUACUGGAAGAGCAGAUCGAAGGUGCCCGGCGGCGAGUCACUCAGUUACAGCUGAAGAUCCAGCAGGAGACUGGUGGCUUAGUGGACAUACUUCCACUGUAUGGUGACACCAGCCAGAGACCAUCAGAAGGCCGGCUCUCUCUGGAUUCCCAGGAGGGGGACAGUGGCUUGGACUCUGGGACAGAACGCUUUCCUUCCCUCAGUGAGUCAUUGAUGAAUCGGAACUCAGUACUGUCAGACCCUGGGCUAGACAGUCCUCGAACCUCCCCUGUGAUCAUGGCCAGGGUAGCCCAGCACCACAGGCGGCAGGGCUCGGAUGCAGCAGUCCCCUCAACCGGUGACCAGGGUGUAGAUCAAAGCACAAAGCCUUUAAUUAUUGGCCCAGAGGAAGACUAUGACCCGGGUUAUUUCAACAACGAGAGCGACAUCAUAUUCCAGGAUCUGGAGAAACUGAAGUCUCGGCCAGCUCACCUGGGGGUUUUUCUACGUUACAUCUUCUCUCAGGCGGACCCCAGUCCACUGCUUUUUUACCUGUGUGCGGAAGUUUAUCAGCAGACAAGCCCCAAGGAUUCCCGAAGCUUGGGGAAAGACAUCUGGAAUAUUUUCCUGGAGAAAAAUGCGCCUCUGAGAGUGAAGAUCCCUGAGAUGUUACAGGCUGAAAUUGACUCACGCCUGCGGAACAGCGAGGAUGCCCGUGGUGUUCUCUGUGAAGCUCAAGAGGCAGCCAUGCCUGAGAUCCAAGAGCAGAUCCACGACUACAGAACGAAACGCACUCUAGGGCUGGGCAGCCUGUAUGGUGAAAAUGACCUGCUAGACCUGGAUGGGGACCCUCUCCGAGAGCGCCAAGUGGCUGAGAAGCAGCUGGCUGCCCUUGGAGAUAUUUUGUCCAAGUAUGAGGAAGACAGGAGCGCCCCCAUGGACUUCGCCCUCAAUACCUACAUGAGCCAUGCUGGGAUCCGUCUUCGAGAGGCACGACCUACCAACACAGCUGAAAAGGCCCAGUCUGCUCCUGACAAGGACAAGUGGCUACCCUUCUUCCCUAAGACCAAGAAGCAGAGCAGCAAUUCCAAGAGAGAAAAGGAUGCCUUGGAGGACAAGAAGCGAAACCCCAUCCUCAAAUACAUUGGGAAGCCCAAAAGCUCUUCUCAAAGCACAUUUCAUAUUCCCUUGUCCCCUGUGGAAGUCAAACCAGGCAAUGUGAGGAACAUCAUUCAGCACUUUGAGAACAACCAGCAGUAUGACGCCCCAGAACCUGGGACACAACGACUCUCGACCGGAAGCUUUCCCGAGGACCUGCUGGAGAGUGACAGUUCACGCUCAGAGAUUCGCCUGGGCCGCUCUGAAAGCCUCAAGGGCCGGGAAGAGAUGAAACGGUCUCGAAAGGCAGAGAACGUGCCCCGCUCUCGCAGUGAUGUUGACAUGGAUGCUGCUGCGGAGGCUACUCACCUGCACCAGUCAGCCUCGUCCUCUGCCUCCAGCCUCUCCACCAGGUCUCUUGAGAACCCAACCCCUCCCUUCACUCCCAAAAUGGGCCGCAGGAGCAUUGAGUCCCCCAGUUUGGGGUUCUGCACAGAUGCCCUCCUUCCCCACCUCCUAGAGGAUGAUCUGGGCCAGCUUUCUGACCUGGAGCCAGAGCCAGAUGCCCAAAAUUGGCAGCAUACAGUGGGCAAGGAUGUGGUGGCUGGGCUAACCCAGCGGGAGAUUGACCGGCAAGAGGUCAUCAAUGAGCUGUUUGUGACUGAAGCUUCCCACCUGCGCACACUCCGGGUCCUGGACCUGAUCUUCUACCAGCGAAUGAAGAAGGAGAACCUGAUGCCCCGGGAGGAGCUGGCCCGGCUCUUCCCAAACCUGCCUGAACUCAUAGAGAUUCACAAUUCCUGGUGUGAAGCCAUGAAGAAGCUCCGGGAGGAAGGCCCCAUCAUCAAAGAGAUCAGUGACCUCAUGCUGGCCCGGUUUGAUGGCCCUGCCCGAGAGGAACUCCAGCAAGUGGCUGCACAGUUCUGUUCCUAUCAGUCAAUAGCCCUAGAGCUAAUCAAGACCAAGCAACGCAAGGAGAGUCGAUUCCAGCUCUUCAUGCAGGAGGCUGAGAGCCACCCUCAGUGUCGGCGGCUGCAGCUGAGAGACCUCAUCAUCUCUGAGAUGCAGCGGCUCACCAAGUACCCGCUGCUGCUGGAGAGCAUCAUCAAGCACACAGAGGGUGGCACCUCUGAGCAUGAGAAGCUCUGCCGGGCCCGGGACCAGUGCCGGGAGAUUCUCAAGUAUGUGAAUGAAGCGGUAAAACAAACAGAGAACCGCCACCGUUUAGAGGGCUACCAGAAACGCCUGGAUGCCACCGCCCUGGAGAGGGCCAGCAACCCCCUGGCAGCAGAGUUCAAGAGCCUGGAUCUUACGACCAGAAAAAUGAUCCAUGAGGGACCCCUGACCUGGAGGAUCAGCAAGGAUAAGACCUUGGACCUCCACGUGCUGCUGCUAGAGGACCUCCUAGUGCUGCUGCAGAAACAGGACGAGAAGCUACUGCUGAAGUGCCACAGCAAGACCGCUGUGGGCUCCUCAGACAGCAAGCAGACCUUCAGCCCCGUGCUCAAGCUCAAUGCUGUGCUCAUCCGCUCUGUGGCCACAGAUAAACGGGCCUUCUUCAUCAUCUGCACCUCCAAGCUGGGCCCACCCCAGAUCUAUGAGCUGGUUGCAUUGACGUCAUCAGACAAGAACACAUGGAUGGAGCUCUUAGAAGAGGCUGUGCGGAAUGCCACCAGGCACCCCGGAGCUGCCCCGAUACCCGUCCAUCCUCCACCCCCAGGUCCCCAGGAGCCAGCCCACCAGGGCCCCACACCCAGCAGCCUGCCACCUGGCUGUAAUAGAGCUGAGCCUGCAGAAGGUGAGGGGGGUGUAGAGCAGGGGACCAGAGAAGCUCAGCCAGCAGCCCCCCUCCUCUCUGGGUUGCCAAGCAGACCAGCCAGGGUAGAACUGGAUGACUCAGACGUGUUCCAUGGUGAACCCGCACCUGAGGAGCUGCCUGGAGGCACUGGGUCCCAGCAGAGGGUCCAAGGGAAGCACCCAGUCCUGCAGGAGGGCAGUGCAGAGGAAGAGGAACUGGGUGUCCUGCCUUGCCCUUCCACAUCCCUGGAUGGAGAGAACAGGGGCAUCAGGACAAGGAACCCCAUCCACUUGGCCUUCCCAGGCCCUCUGUUCAUGGAAGGGCUCGCUGACUCCGCUCUGGAAGAUGUGGAGAACCUGCGACACCUGAUCCUGUGGAGCCUGCUGCCAGGUCACACCAUGGAAACUCAGGCUUCCCAGGAGCCUGAGGACGACCUGACACCCACACCUUCUGUCAUCAGCAUCACCUCUCACCCCUGGGACCCAGGCUCCCCAGGGCAAGCACCCCCUGGGGGUGAAGGGGACAACACCCAGCUUGCAGGGCCAGAGGGGGAACGGCCAGAGCAGGAGGACGUGGGUCUCUGUUCUCUGGAACACCUACCCCCAAGGACCAGAAAUUCUGGGAUAUGGGAGUCUCCAGAACUGGACAGGAAUCUGGCUGAAGAGGCUUCAAGCACAGAGGCAGCAGGAGGUUACAAAGUUGUGAGAAAAGCUGAGGUGGCAGGCAGCAAGGUUGUCCCUGCACUACCAGAGAGUGGCCAGUCAGAGCCUGGGCCACCUGAAGUGGAAGGCGGAACAAAGGCUACGGGGAACUGCUUUUAUGUCAGCAUGCCAUCAGGACCCCUGGACUCAAGCACCGACCACUCAGGGGCACCCACGAGCCCCCCUCAACCUGACAGCCUCCCUGCAGGGCAGACAGAGCCUCAGCCUCAGCUGCAGGGAGGCAACGGUGAUCCAAUAUGCCCCAGCCGCUCUCCCCCAAGCCUGGCCCUCAGGGAUGUGGGCAUGAUCUUCCGUACCAUUGAGCAGCUCACCCUCAAGCUCAACAGGCUCAAGGAUAUGGAGCUGGCCCACAGAGAGCUGCUCAAGUCCCUUGGGGGAGAGUCAUCUGGUGGCACCACGCCUGUGGGCAGUUUCCACACAGAAGCAGCUAGAUGGACAGACGGCUCCCUCUCACCUCCCACUAAGGAGCCCCUGGCUUCUGACUCCAGGAACAGCCAUGAACUGGGGCCCUGCCCUGAGGAUGGCUCUGACGCCCCCCUGGAAGACAGCGCAGCAGACGCAGCCACGUUACCAGGACCAUAACCGUGCAAACCACCAAAUCCUCUGCGCCCCCACUCCUCCUGCAGGGACUGGCCUGAGAUCGGGGCACAGGGUAGGGGGGAUCCCAACGCUCCUCCCUGUGGAGGAGGCAGUUGGGGAAACUAGGAUCCAGCCAAGGCCUGGGGGGAAACCCGCAUGUUGCUUGGUCUGCUCAAGUCAGAGUCAAGUUUCAGUGUCUUUUCCCUCCCUCAGCCCAACCCUCCAAGGCCUCGUGUCUCCUAAGCAUGCUGACUGCAUCCGAAAGGCCCCCACUCACCAUGGUCUGCCCUCACCCCACAUAUGCGUGUACACGCGCACGCCUGUAUGUGCGCUGCCCUCAGACAUGUAAGUGAAAGGAGGAGGCUUCUGUGUAAAUGCACUUUCUUCUUCCCCUCUUUCUCCAUAAGACCCCAGGUGGAGGUGGGUGCCUCCCCUCCCCCUUUGUCACUUUGGUUUCCUAUAAAUAUGUAUGUAUCGUAUGUGCAUCUUUGCUAUUGUAAAUAACUUUGACCGUUUUUGUUCCUGUUCCUGAAGUGCUGGAGGCAGUUAUGGAAGGAGCUCCUUAGGGAAGAGGGGGUUCACUUGUAUCUCCUUAGUUAACAACCCAGCUCCAGGAUCGAGCCUAAAGCGGGAGCCAGGCCUGGGUGUCCCUGUCCCUGUAAGGUCUUCUGGCUCCCCAUCCCACCUGGCUCCAGAGCCUGCCCUCCACAGCUUGCUGCCGAGCUGCUCCCUCCCUCCCUGGACUUCUCAUCUUCACAAGAUGGGGACCAUGGGGGUUUCUUACCCCACCUGUGUCCCCCCUUCCCCACCCUGUCCCUGUAGAAAACCAGUGAAGCAGGUACGGAGCUGAAGACUGGGCCCCAGGAGGUGGGGACAGGGGUCUGAAUGCUGAGUCCCUGAAUUCACCCAGGACCAUCCAAGGGGCCACCGCAGCAUUGGCCCCAUCACCACGUCUUCACCCAACUCUCCCUGAUGAAUAGAAUAUACACACUGUGCUAGGUGUAUAUAUACAUAUAUAUAUAUAAAUAUAUAUAAUAUAUAAAAUAUAGAUAUGGAAAUGACUGUUUUGCUGUUAAGAUAAUGUAUACUCUUUUAUUUUCUUCCUUUCAUGGUUAAGAUUUUUUUUUUAAGAAAAGUUAAAUAUUCUUCAA